AUGGUGAAGAUGACAGAGAUUUGGCUUCGAGGAGCACUCACACUGGGGCAAGUGGACCAUCCUAAUGAAGCUGAAAGCAGGACCUCUAUGCUUUUUAAAAAAGGAGUCUGAGGUGACAUCCCUGUUGGAAAAUUUCUUUAUCCUCGUGUUUUUGCCAAUAAACUGAAUCAAGGCAUAAGCUUUUUAAUUUUAAAAAAUAUCAAAAGUAUUGUAAACCUAUAA